UCCAAGCUCACUGCCUGCAGCUCCUGGACACCUGUUACCAUGUGGUUCCUGAUCCUGUUCCUAGCCCUGUCCCUAGGAGGGAUUGAUGCUGCACCUCCUGUCCAGUCUCCAGUUGUUGGAGGAAUUAACUGUGAGAAGAAUUCCCAACCCUGGCAGGUGGCUGUGUACCAUGACAAGGAACACAUAUGUGGGGGAGUCCUGUUGAACCCCAACUGGGUUCUCACGGCUGCCCACUGCUAUGUUGACCAGUUUGAGGUUUGGCUGGGCAAAAACAAGCUAUCCCAAAAUGAACCCUCUGCUCAGCACCGAUUGGUCAGCAAAAGCGUCCCUCACCCUGGGUUCAACAUGAGCCUCCUGGUGCAGCCAAAACUUCAACCUGGGGAUGACUUCAGCAAUGACCUGAUGCUGCUCCGCCUCAGCAAGCCUGCUGACAUCACAGAUGUUGUGAAGCCCAUCGACCUGCCCACAGUGGAACCCAAGAUGGGGAGUGCAUGCCUUGCCUCAGGCUGGGGCAGCAUUACACCCACCAAAUUACAAAAGCCAGAUGAUCUCCAGUGUGUGUCCAUCAAGCUCCUGCCUUAUAAGGACUGUGUCAAAGCCCACAUAUACAAAGUGACAGAUGUCAUGCUGUGUGCAGGAGUGAUGGAAGGAGGCAAAGACACUUGUGUGGGAGACUCAGGAGGCCCACUGAUCUGUGAUGGUGUUCUCCAAGGUACCACAUCAUUUGGCCCUGAACCAUGCGGUGAACCUGGUAUACCAGGUGUCUACACCAAACUUAUUAAGUUCACCUCCUGGAUAAAAGACACUAUGACAAAAAAUCCCUGAAUGUCACAUUGUCCGCUGUUCUCAAUAAAACCCACCAUGA